GAAUUAUCGGGCCUUUGGGUCAGGACUGUUUCCUACCCACCCCUCCCGUGCUUUUGGAAGAAAAAGUGGAGAAUGUAACAGUUAUUGGAAUAUCCCAUGCGCCUGUUUGCAGGGGAGAAGUCAGCCGUAGCCUGCAAACUGGAUGUCAGUUGCUAACAAUAUGCCUACCUUGGACCAGGGACAGCUGUUAAUCAGGGAAAUGAGAGAGGAUGAAGCCCCCAUUGUUUUGGAACUUCUGAAGGAUGGAUUCAAGGAUACAGAAAACCGCUUGAUACUUUAUGUGCUGACACGGCCUCUAGCCUUAUUACUGAUGGCAGUUGUGAGCAGUGGACUACGCUUCUUCCUGAACUCCUUUGUAGUGGCCCUUGUGCUGCCAGUACUCCUCACUGUGGUGGCUCUGAAACUUCUACUAUGGCGCUCACCAGACCUUAAACACUUGCAUGCCUAUUAUAGUGCAAGCCAUCGUGGGUUGUGGGUUGCUGUUUAUGAUGAUGAUGAUGUGUGUGGCUGUGUGGCUUUGGAGCCUCUUAAUAGAGAGCCACACACUGCUGAGCUCAAGCGCUUGGCUGUCAGCCGAUGGUACAGGCGCUCUGGUGUGGGUCGGUGCCUCCUUCAUUUUCUAGAGGCACAGGCUCGUGCACAGGGCUUCAAAUUACUGGUGGCCCAGGUCUCUGUGGUGGCUAAAGCUGCUGUUGGUCUCUUUGAGAACACUGGCUAUAGUGUGAGUGGUGGGCGCCCAUGGUUGGGUUACACUGUUCAACAAGAGUUCAUCAAAGAACUUUAGAACUGCAUCUACUAGUUUGGUACAAAGUUGUUAGACAAGAUAGCAUGUUUUUGAAUGUUGUUGUUCUUGAACAAAUAAAACACAGAGUUUCAGAAACAGGCUCUAGUUAAAACAAAGCAUUCCAGUUUCUAAGCAGUAAUUACUAUUAACAUGGUUUCUGCUUAGAAAACAAAGUGUGGCUGCAAAGCAGAUCAGGAUAAAGGAUUGUUUGUGCCUUCUUCCCUGUCUGGUAUAGUAAUCAAACUGUCAUUUGGGAUUUCUGUUCCACAUUAUUCACUGAUGUUGGAAACAGGAAUUGAGGCUCAUUUCCUGUGUGCUCUUUUGGGGUCAGAGUAACUUCACAUUUUUUACAAAGUUGAAGAGCAAAUUCUAACAAUUGAGAAAAUUUGUGCACAUGUGUGUUUGUGAAUAUGCAUACAUACACCCAGAGAAUUGUGUGUGUGUGUAGACGUGCACAUAUUUUCUCAAUGUAUAUACACAACAAACACAUGCACAAUUUUUUUCUGUGUGCGUGUGUGUAUACACACAUGUGCACACACACACAGAGAGAGAGAGAGAAUAUACCAACAGUCAGGUCCCAUAGAAUAUUACAUAAAUUACAUAAAUUGUUCAACUUGCUUGCCUUUUUUUCAAUUGUUCAACUUGCUUCCCUUUCUUACUUGAGGCAUGACUUUUGAACACUCCUAAAUAUUGUAAAAUUUUCCCUGGGAGGAAUAAACUGAAACAUAGAGAUUGGCUUAUAGGGCCUGAUGUUUGCAACAUC